AUGUGUCAUGGUGAGUAUGUGCAAGAGAGGAGGAGAGGGCGCUGGUGCACAGGUGUUAAGAAGCGAGGUGAACGGGCGAUAGGAGGCAAGGCAAUAGGCACAAGUGCUAGCUCGCGGGCGAAGCGUGGGCGCUGGAGUGAGGGUGCACGGGAGAGGGCUAGAUGGCGCUGGGCGCCUGGCUGUGGCUGCUGGUUGACGUUGGGCUUUGGUGGAGAAUGA